AUGAGUUCACCACACUCACGGAUGCGGGCGAGUCCCUCGCAGUCGCAAUCGCGGCCUUCAACCAGAAGUGGAAAGCUUUCACGAGAAUACAGCCCAUCUUGUGCACAAUUGCCACAGGUCAUUACAGAAUUUGCUCAACUACUGGUUGACAACGACAAUCGCUUCAAUGAGAAGCUGGACGCGGCCUCUCAGCAGCAAAAGAUGCUCCACGUGCAGUCGCUGACGGAAUCGCUGAGGAAGCACGAUGCGGUGCGGGAAGCUGCUCAAUUCGAGUUGCAAGCUGAGCAGGUGCGGCGAGACCAGGAGCAGAUUCGCAAGCUUGCAGAAGCCAGGGAGAAGCUCGCAACAGAGCAGAGGGCACAGUUGAAGAGGCUGGAGGAGGAGCGUAGGAAAGACGACGAGCGUAAGGAACGAGAAGCACAGUUGCAGCGCGAGCGAAAUGAACUGGCUCGACGUCAACAGGAAGAUGCAGAGCAGAAGGCGCGCGAAACAGCGGCACAGGAGAAGGUGAUCGAAGAUGAGAAGCAGAGAGUUAGGCAGGCCGAGGCGGAUGCACAGGCGCAGCAAGUCAAGCAGCAGCAAGAGCAGCAGGAAGCCAAAAUACGACAGCAACAGAUUCCAGUGCCUCCUCAGGGACCGUCUCAACCCACGGCGCCUCUCCAACCCCUGGCCGGAAGCAGCUCUGGAACAGACUCGACUCAGCUAGCCGCGUUGCAGUCCAGUCUCGACCAGCGUGCACGAGAGCAUCAGGUGUACUUGGCAAUGAAGCAAGAACUUAAAAAGUCUGUUGCAAGGCUGGACACUGCGAAGCAGMAGGACCCGUGGCUCAAGCAACACUUGGGAGACAGCUGCCGAAGGAGGAUCAGGACGCUGAUGGGUCAAAUUAACAAGCGGGACAAAUCGGAAAACACCAGAGUGAUCAAGGAGAUUCAAGCAAUUCUGGACGAUGCGAAAACCAGAUAUCCAACCGAGACAGUGGACAUAUCCCCAUUCUUUCUAAACGGCAAUCCGGAACCCAACCAGUCGCCGCAGUUUCCCUUGCUACUCUUCGAUCUGCUCAAUCACUUCGCCAAGGCUGUCAUCAAUCAGAUUGCCACAGAGGCGGCCGUCGACCGCGCGGCUGCAGAACCUAUAGGCAUCGUGACGGCGACCAUUUUUGCCAAUCCCAGUUAUUCUUUCCACGGCCAUUCCCUCAUUACCAUUCUAUGGGCCAGAUACCACCAGCGAUGCCCCGUCUUGUUCGGCGUUUGGGGAGACGAGCGGACUGMACCUGGCCGUCGAACGAUGGGAUGGAAGGGAAACACCGAACGGCAGCACCAGGAUUUGACGAAAGGUCUGGCCUCUGGUUUCGCAGCCAUUACGCUGCGCGACUUCUCGCGGAACUCCAAGGCGAAUCCUGCCCCAAAUCGCCUGUUUUGGGAGGCUGUAGCGCGGAUCCUCAAUGUAGAUGCAGCGAAUCGCCUUCCUACGCACUACAUCGCUCUCGAGUCGUUGCUAGAUCCGACGUUCGUUCCACGCUUCAUCGCGCUCUAUGGACAAGCUGCGAUCGCAGUAUUGAAGCUUGCUACUGGAAGCUUUGCUCACKUCCCGGCUGACCGCCUAGCAGUUCUGCCGUAUGCAAAGCGCAUGGAGACAUUGAAGACAAAAUUGGGAAUAGAGUUGAACAUCUGGCUAUAG